ACUCUUCUCUCUCACUCUCUCUCUCUACAUUUCUCUCUCUCUCUCUUGAUUCUUGAAUGAUUUCUUUUUUUCUGAGUGAUAGCUUUAUUGAUUCUUAUUUUUGGCUUUUCACAUGUCUCAAACUGUUUGAUGCCAAAUGCUAGUGUGAGAGCUUGGAUUAAAGAUCAAGAUCAAAUCUUUUUAUCUUUCUUGAAUUUUAUUUUGCAUUUCAUUUAUUUUUCUUGUAUCAGUGAUUCAUUGGAGCUAUGGUUGCUGAAGCUAAGGUGAGGAAACCAUACACCAUCACAAAGCAGAGAGAAAAAUGGACAGAGGAAGAACAUCAAAAGUUUCUAGAAGCUUUGAAGCUAUACGGUCGCGCUUGGCGUCAAAUAGAAGAGCAUGUUGGCACAAAGACAGCAAUCCAAAUCCGAAGCCACGCGCAAAAAUUCUUCGCUAAGGUCGCUAGGGAAUCUUGUUUCGAUGCCGAAGGAUCUUUAGAUCCAAUUGAGAUUCCUCCUCCCCGGCCUAAGAAGAAACCUUUGCAUCCUUAUCCUCGUAAACGGGUCCCACAUCGAGCGGAAGUUGAUGAAUGUGAGAAUUACUCUCCGACUUCGGUUUUGUCGCCGGAUAAAUUCGAAUCGUCCAAUGUUUCUGAGAUUCACAAGUCUCGAAUUUCACCACCUUCUUCGUGUGCUGAUAACGAUGCUCUUUCUUCCGCCGACUUAUUUUUGGCGGAAAAUAAAAAUGAAAAUGAAAAUGAAAAUGAAAAUGAAAAUGUGGCAUCAAAUAUGUCGUGUGAAGACGAAGAGGGUUCUCAUUUACCGAAGAAAAUAUCUUCCGCUUCGGUCCAAGAUAUCGAUUCCGAUGUGAAGUUCGAAUUGUGUACUCAAGAGACGGAAUCUUGCACCAGAGAAUCCUACACGACGAGUAUUAAGCUAUUCGGAAAAACAGUUGUGAUAAGAGAUACUCAAAAGCAGUCUUUAGAAGCUUCCAAUAAAUUAGAUUCGCGAGAUGUGUCGGGAUUUGUUUACGACAAUGCAAAUUAUUCUCCGAUGGAGUACAAACAUGAUAUGCCUUGGUAUAGUUGGUACACUAGUCCAUUUUAUUCCUCGUCAGCCUGCAAGAAAACGGACAAAGAGGAUUUUUCCGAUUAUCCGUUCGAAAAAGCAAUAAAAGACGAAGAGCUUAAGACGGAAGGCUCUUUGGUUUCUGAUGGAGCCGAUUCUAAUGGUCUGUUUGGUUAUGGGAAUAACAAAAUCGGAAUAGGGUUUGUGCCGUACAAGAGAUGUUUGUCCGAGAGGGAUGAUAAAUCGUUCCUACAGGGACGGGAUUGUCAACGAGCCCGUGUUUGUUCGUAGCAUGCUCGGGUAUUAUAUAAUGCUACUGCUUUUUUUUUUUUUUUAAUUAACUCUGGUAUGAGUAUAUUAUGUCGGAAACUUUUCUCGAGUUGCGAAUUAAUGUAGAGAAAUAUGUUUCUUAAUAUAUUGACACCUUUUUUUUUUUUAACUUGACAAUUUUCGAUU